AUGGCAACAUCAACGACUGUGGCUCUUCUGCUUGGGAUUUUUGCCAGCGUGGCGUGUGCCAGUGCGAAUACUUUGCAGAAUAACUCCAACUCUAAGUUUCAUCCUGUAGCGAAGACCUGUGGUCCAUCAACCGCCAAAAUCGCCUGCGUGUAUCGUUAUGGCACCCUUCUUCCACCAUCCUUCUCACGGGAUCAGCUUCCAACCGUUGGUUACACUGGUACUCUAGUUCCGGACGAUCCAUCGUGGAACCUCGUGGUGGAUGCAGAUUUCGUGAUCUUCGACGAGAAACGUGGACUUGAAGUACUUGGCGCAGCACCUACAAUUCAGAAAAAAUACAUUGAUGUUUUGAACGUGAUUCACGAAGCACCGAUCUAUGUUCCCGAUCUGAACAAACUUUUUGUUACUCAAGAUGGCCCUCCCGGAAACCUGUCCAAUCUUGUCAUUGACCUCAAUUAUGACCCACCAACGGUCGCGUCUUUCGUGACGGAUCCUCCAGUCUAUCAGCCCACUGGUGGCAUCCUUCACGACAACAUGAUCUACUGGGCUAUUCAAGGCAACAACGUCUCUUUACCCAAUGGCUUGAAGCAACGUCCAGGGGUUGUCCGCGUGGACCCAAAGACGCUCAAGGCAGAAUGGUUAAUAAACAACUUCUACGGAUUCUUUUUCGGGGGACUGAAUGACUUGACAGUCGAUCCAAACGGUGACAUUUGGUUUACUGAUAGCGAUUAUGCAUUUGGUCUCGGACUUGCCGACAACUCAAAUCAGCUCCAACUCGCCACCUACCGGUUUCGACCUUCCACAGGCGAGAUUAAUGUAGUUGAUACCUCAUUGGAACACCCUAACGGCAUAGUGUUCUCCCGCGAUGGCAAAACAGUUUACAUCUCAGAUACAGGACUAGAAACAGUUGGCCCAGUUGCUAGUAAAGGCGCGUAUGACUACCCAAUACGAAUUUACUUUACCUCAACUCUUGCUCGCAACAUCUACGCGUUCGAUGUCAAUUACACACCAAAAGGAGCCUACUUAACCGGAAAACGUAGUAUCUUUCAAUCCUUGGAAGGUAGCCCCGAUGGGUUGAAAGUGGCCGCAAAUGGCUACUUGGUUGUGGGCUCAGGUCUUUCAAACGGGGCAGAUAUUUUGGACGGGGAUGGAUCUCUGAUUGCCAGGAUUCAGACAGACCACCCUGUCGAAAAUGUAGCUUUCACUGGGAAGGAUUUGAAAACCGUAUUCCUGACGGGCAUCGGUGGGAUCACGAGGGUUCAGUGGAACCUAACUGGCCCAGAUCCUAACAAGUUUUUUGUGUAA